AUCUUAACUUCCUUUUUUUCCGAAACAUCCGCCAUCAUGGGUCGCAUGCACUCUUUCGGUAAGGGUAUCUCCCAAUCUGCUUUGCCGUAUCGAAGAAGCGUUCCGACAUGGCUCAAAAUGAGCAGCGAAGACGUAACGGAGCAAAUCUUAAAGUUCGCCAAGAAAGGUCUUACUCCUUCUCAAAUCGGUGUCAUCUUGCGUGACUCUCACGGAGUUGCCCAAGUUAGAUUUGUAACUGGCAACAAGAUUUUGAGAAUCUUGAAAUCUAAAGGAUUGGCCCCAUCCAUCCCUGAAGAUUUGUACUAUUUAAUCAAGAAGGGUGUUGCCAUCAGGAAGCACUUGGAAAAGAACAGAAAGGACAGAGACGCCAAGUUCCGUUUGAUCUUGGUUGAAAGUAGAAUUCAUCGUUUGGCCAGAUACUACAAGACUAAGAAGGUCUUGCCACCAACCUGGAAAUACGAAUCUUCCACAGCUUCAGCUUUGGUGGCCUAA